AUUCUUAUUAUUCUUCGUGUGUCCCCACAAUUCGUUUAUGUGGUGCGUCGAGAUCGGGUGAUUCACCCGGCCAUCAUCCUCUAAUUUCUUCUCGGCAAGAAAUCCAUGGAAGAAGAUUAUAACAGCAGAUCGAGCUCCCAUGGGAAUGGAGGGAUGAUGCAGAUGGAGAGUUACUAUGGCCGACCACCAAGACCCCCCAUUUCCUACGAUUUUAGGAGCUACAGUGCCUCAUAUGCGCAGCCUCAGAUGGGUAACAGCAACAGGGAGUUGAAGAAAGGGAAAAGCACUUCUGGGUCAUCUUCUUCCAACUGGAGCUUCACUGACCCUGAGUUUCAGAGGAAGAAGAGGGUCGCAAGCUAUAAAAUGUAUGGUGCGAAGGGAAAGGUUAAAGGGUCUUUCAGCAAAAGCUUCAGGUGGCUUAAGGAAAAGUGCUCCCGGGUCGUCUAUGGGUGGUGAUGAUUUGGUGGGUUUUCUUCUCUUUCCUCGUCUUUUGCUCUUUGUAUUUUGUGCUUGUAUGUAAGGUCUCGGUGACUCGGAAAACACGGAAGUUUCAUAGAAUCACGCUUGUCAUAGAAUUGAUGAAUUGGGUAGUCCAUUGUUGGUUAGGCUUGAGUUGUAUGUUUGGCUGCCCACAAUAUAUUUGGUGUUGAAAUUUACUUUUUCAUUUUGAUUCAUCAAUCGAAGUCCUAUAAAUACUCUUAAGCAUGA